AGAGCGCUCUGCGACUGCGAGCGGACACCCGGACGUUGCUCGCAGGGAGAGGAGCAAAGGCCGCGGGAAAGGCCGGUGAGAGCUUUGGGUCAACGACGUAUUCCGGGCUGGGGAGGCGGGCGGACGGGUAAUGGCGGGCUGAGCUCCGAAGAAAGCCCGUCUCAUCUAAUCUCUAUAGUACUACAAGUCCCAGCAUCCUCUGGCAGGACGCGCCAUCAUGGCUGAAAGGCAGCUCCAGAAAAAAGGCAAGAAGUCAGACGAUGGCAUCGGCAGCGUGGUGGACUUCUUACUGGCCAAUGCCAGGCUGGUGCUGGGCGUCGGAGGAGCGGCAGUGCUGGGCAUUGCCACGUUGGCAGUAAAACGGCUUAUGGACCGAGCGGCGAUGCCUCCUGAUGAGAAGGACACAGACGAGAAGGCAGAGCAGAAAUCCAUAGAGGAAAGCUGGAAGGAAGCCGUUCUGAUGAAGGCCUCCCCGAAACUAGCACGAAAGGCAAAGCGUGCCGACCUGGGCACCGCACUACCAGCCCCCGAGCCCAGCCAGCCGGUCACAGAUGACGCAGCUUCGAGCAGUAAUCCGGAGCGGCCCCCUGUUGCCGAGAAGACCCCGAUAUGCUUCACCUUACAGGAGACGCUCCUGCACUACUACACCCAUGAGGCACUUGUGCCAGAAGCCAAGACGCAAGUGGCCAAGCAGCUGGUGCUGGACAUCAUGAGCGAACUGCAGAACUUCCUAAAGGCUAAACACCCCGAAAUGCCCUUCUCCGCCAUGCAGCUGGGGGGGUCCCUGGGCAACGGUCUGCCCGUCACCAGCUUGGACCGCGCGCACGUAUUGCUGCCCCUGAUUCUAGAACCCCAUCUAUGGACCUUCGUGCCAGGACAGGAAACCAUUCUGAAUGACCCCCAGUUCUGGAUGAUUAAAAGGGCUAACCUGGAGUACACAGCCCGGGGGAGCAGUCCCUGGGACCGGUUCAUGCUGGGGGGCUACCUAUCCACCAGGACCAUCGUGGAGUCCCUGCACAAGACCAUCCUGGCCUCCGUCAACUGGCCGGCCAUUGGGACCGUCCUGGAGUGCAGCGUCUGGCCGGUUGUGGCCCCCGAGGACCUCAGAUUGGAGGUCGUCUGCCAGGACUUCAGGGUCACCAUCAACAUCCUCCCAGUGGCUGAAACCAAAGACGUCGUCCUGCUGGCGUACCCCCACUCCACAGCCCCGGCCGAAAACCUCUGGCGACGGAGCUACUACCGCGAGGAGAUGCUCCGCCUCCAGGAGCUGGACCGCAGCGAUGCUGGCGUCCGGCAGAAGUGUCUACACGUACUCGGAAGUAUUUGCCGCCAACGCCCAGGACUUGGCCGACUGUCUCCAACCCACCUGAGACAAGUCCUCCUACACGUCAGCAACGACUCGUCCGAUUGGUCGGAGUCUAACAUGGCCGACCGUUUCCUGCAGGUCGUCGAGGAGCUCAUUGGCUAUCUCGGCAGUGGGACCCUCCCCUGCUAUUUUAAUGAAAGAGUCAAUUUAUUCUCCCGCCUGACGGAGGAGGAGAUCGAUGAGGUCGGCUACGGAUUGUAUCAGAUUUUUUCCGAUCCCAACUCGUUGCUGGCAAAAUGAGGCUCACGUGGUGCAGAAUACUGUGUGUCGAUUUGUCAACAUUUUUAAGAUCUCCGCUUGAUGUCAACGAAUGGAUACAUCAAACCUGUCCUGCUCACGGAGACCUAUAUCGACUUGUAUGGCAGCACAUGACCUGGACAGGUUUUUUCAGCCCUGGAAUGUGAACCAUCAAUGUUGUCAUUCAAUGACAGCAAGCAAACGUCUUGAUCCUUUAGAGGAGUUGAAGCAAAACAUUUUUACAAAGUUGCAGGUUAUACCGUGAGGUUGUCAGAAUUAGAAAAAACAUGGCUGCUGUCUUACGUCGGUCAGUCGGUUGUGUGGUGGCAUUUAAAUGGAUUGGGCUGAGCUGUGGUACCCGACGUAACCUGUGAACAGACGUGGCGCCGUUGUUGAAAGAAAGCAGCCAUGUUUUUCUAAUCCUGGAGAACCCCUUUAAGCUUGACAUGGAUAGGGCGUGUCCAGGGAUGUACAAUAAAGUCAGCUGACCUGCCCCGUCCGUGGGUUGUCAUGGUAACCGAUGACGGCGGGUGUAUCCCGCUCUCGUUCCAUUGAUCCUUAUGUAUGCCAACCUGGAAGAGCCCCUUUAAUUCCUCUAAGCCAGGCAUGCUCAACCUGCGGCCCUCCAGCUGUUGUAAAACUACAACUCCCACCAUGCCUUGCUGAUAGCUGUAGGCUGUUCAGGCAUGCUGGGAGUUGUAGUUUUGCAACAGCUGGAGGGCCGCAGGUUGAGCAUGCCUGAUCUAAGCAGAUCUAGAAGUCAUUUCCUGCUGCCAGAACUGGAGCGGCGCGCUGAUAUGGCGUUCGACGGUCGCGCUCGCACCUCCAGUAUUUCAGGAUGAUCUGGGCAAUUCUCUUGCCCUUGUGUGGCGGAAUUGGGCUUUUGAAUACGAGACUAUGAAGCGUACCGUACCCUUUUAUGCUCCUGAUCCACGUGCGAUUAGUCGGCCUGGCAAUGCCUGCUGGGAACUGUAGUUCAAUCUAAAAUGACUGAGAUUCCUCCAGAAGCCAUGUUUGUAAUUGCUGCUAUACUGUAGUGAGAUGUUUGCAGAGAUUCUUACUGACGUGUUUUACAAAAGACGGGCGCCGCUUAUCAUUUCGUACAUGGAUUUGUGGUUUACGUUUUUACCCCUCGCACACUCUCAAUCGAAUUUUUUUUAAAGUAUUUUUUGCACUAAUCAGGGGGUUUCUUUAUGUUCAUUAAUCCACAGGGUGUGAAAAUCUCUUGAAAUAGUCCUAAUCUUGUGACAGGACUGUGUCGGCCCUUUUUUUUUUUUUUCCUUUUUAGGGUAUCUGUUUCUGGGAAAGUUGGGUGACAACCAAUAUGGCUGCCAUUACAGCUCCCAAAAAGUUUUGGCCCAGCUUUCCUUGAAUCCUGAAUAGCAGAUGUUAUAUUUUUCUAGUUGGGUUUUUUCUGCCCUAGCGGCCAUAUUAAAUGUCACUCAGCUUUCCCAGGCAUUUGAAGACUAUUUACUAUGUAGUGGAUAAGGUCACAAUAUGGCCGCCCUCACCGUGCGUGGGGGGGAGGGGUAUCAUAACAGCUUUGUCAGUAUUUCCCCCCUUGGAUUGUUCAGUGACCGAUCACAUCGAAAAGCUUCAUUUCUAGUUUAGAAAUUCUCAAGAAUUUCUGUAAAAGUGUUUGUUUAUAGAAAAAUCUGAUUAUUAAAAGCCGACCUGAGAUGGGAGGUGACAGCUGUAAGGCCACUUCUUCCAUCUCCUGCUAGCGGUAAUGUGCCAAGCCAGAGUCAUUUCUGGUUUGGUUGCUAGGGGCACUGCAUAACAACCACAGUGUUUCAGAUGUGGCGAUGACAGACAGUAGGUUCCCAGCAACUAGUCUGGUUUUGAUUACUUUGGUCUGAGAGGGGGGGGGGAGGGUUGGCAUUCUUUGUCUCUUGCUGCCGUAUUAAUCAGAUUUUUAUAGAAACUUCAGGUGGAGGCGCUCUUUAAACCAGUGGAAUGCCAGCUUUCUGGAGCUACUACUCUCAGCAUGCUCUGCCGUCUUGCAGGGACACCAGUGGAGACAGUUUUAUGGGCAGCACUAAACAUGAAGUAAAUAUAACUAAGCAAUGAACGGCACAAAAUAUGGGGUCACUGGGUAAAACACAAUGUGGGUGUAACACUAAAGAUGGCGCUGUAUUGGCACCAGUUUGUAUCACAGAGGAGCGAUAUCGAAGGUUUUCAUGCAAACCUGCAAGAGUUAGUGUAUUACAUGUAUACUCUAGUCACAUCUAGAGCUGCAUUCUGUGAAUGUCCUGUUAGCUCAGUCUAUAGGACAUCACAUCUUGUAUGCUUUAGUCACAGCCAGAGCUGUAUUCUUAUUUUCCUGUUGGAUUAGUCUAUAUGAGGUCACAUGCAGAGCUGCAUCCUUGCUGCAGGACUUAAUAUAUACCCCAGUCAAGGCCAGAGCUGCAUUCUGUGGGUUUCCGGUUAGUUCUCAGUCUACAGGAUGUCACCUUGUAUACUCUAGUUAUAUCCAGAGCUGCAUCCUGUGACUAUACUGUUAGCACUCGGAGUAUACCUCUCCCUGCCUGUUCAGUAUUUGCACAGAUUGCGCUCUGAUGGGGGUUGUAGUCUUUACACCAUACCCUAUUCAGUAGUUAGUGAUGAUGGAUUCCAAGAGGCAACCAAGAGAAUUUGAAUGCAGCUUUGAAUGUGAGUGUAGUAUCGUCACAUCUGAUGUUCCUCAGACAGGAUGUUUCGGAGUCUAUAUGUAAGGGCAGCCUGAUUUGUAUGGGUUAGAACAGGUUUUUACCCAUCAGAUUUAUGUCACGUUGGGAGUAGUAGUUUCCUAACAGCUGGCGAGCCACAACAGGGCAAUAAAUACCACUGCACCUGCUAGAGAUGGAGGCAGCUGCAGUGACUGCGGCACGUUCCCUUGCCUGUGCCAAAUUUAUUUAUAAACCAGAUUCCCCUAAAGUGAAAAAAAAAAGGUCCUUGACACUCUGGCAGCCAUACUGAUUGUCACCCAGCUUUCCCAGAAACAGAUACAGCUAGGAAACCCUGUCAGAAGUAUGUAGGACCUGGAGUUGUACACUGUGAUGAUCGGGCGGAUGCAGGAGGCUCAGGUGGUCGUGCCGGAUCGGCCUGUCUGGGGGUUACGCAUCCGCUGCUGCUUUCGAUUGUGAAUUUUGCUGCUUCUACUUUUAUAAUUAAGUAAAUUGUGAUAAUAAAGCUUUUCUUUGAACGUC